ACUGAGACAGAGGGCGCUGUGCCUGACUUCACUCUCCAGUCCGACUCUGUUGUUGUUGUGUCGGUGACGCGGCAAGUCCAGCCGGCCAAACGGCAAAUGAGUCAGCAUCAAUAACCUGCCUAUCUUUGGAUGUGGAGGUUAAUAUAGAACUCCCAGCAAAACACUCACACAUCGAUUAGAGGUAAUAAAGCGAAAAAUGGCGGUUCCUGCAGCCCCAAACCUGCAGCUGAACACGGCGAGACAAAGCAGCCCAGUGAACUCCACAGAAAACAACAUCCACAUCGACGAGCGAGAGCUGGAAAACAUCACCAACAGCGUCGAGGACGGCACCUCUCUGCCUCUCCACUCGCCCUGGACCUUCUGGCUGGAUCGGUCAUUACCAGGUACAACGGCAGCAGAGUGUGAAUCAAAUUUGAAAAAGAUAUAUACCGUCCACACUGUACAGAGUUUCUGGAGUGUGUACAACAACAUCCCUUCUGUGUCCUGCCUUCCUCUGAGGUGUAGCUAUCACUUAAUGCGAGGAGAAAGAAGACCACUGUGGGAAGAGGAAAGCAAUGCAAAGGGAGGUGUUUGGAAAAUGAAAGUGCCAAAGGAGAGCACAACAGCUGUGUGGAAAGAGCUGCUGUUGGCUACGAUUGGUGAACAAUUCACUGAUUAUUGUGCAUCAGAGGAUGAAGUUGUAGGAGUAAGUGUCAGUGUGAGAGAACGAGAAGAUGUGGUUCAGGUCUGGAAUGGAAACGCCUCUUUUGCCAAUGAGGCAAACGUUUUAGGAAGAAUCUACGAACUUCUUCCACAGAUAUCUUUUAAAGCAGUAUUUUAUAAACCACACGAGGAGCACCAUGCAUUCGAAGGUGGGCGCUCAAGACAUUAGCGAGCUUUUGCACAUUCAUCACGUUUUUCCCUCUUUUUGGACUGAUCCUAGAGAAUGGACUGAAAACGGAAAACAGAAUCCCUCCUGGGCGAACAGAACUCUUGGUUUUUGCAGUUCUUUCAUAUCAUAGGGAAUGUUACAGCCCUGUUUUUAAGUUGUAAGCGUUGCAGAUGAUCCCUCCAUGCUUUUCGUGAGGAGUUUUCUCAUACCAGAUAUUUAGGCGAUAUCAAUUAAGAUCACAUAGCAGUAGCAUAUGUAAUAUAAAUCAUCACAACGGAGCAGUGUUGCCGAUUGUUAUCGUUUCCCCACUAUUUCUAGGUUUAUUGAUCAAAUGUGCAGUCCAGUGACAGUUACUGCUCGUCAGAAUAUAUACUCGAUGUGUUAGACAUUUUAUUUGCAGAGUUAGAGCGUCCAUUAGGAUCAAACUCUUAGGGCUGUUUUUCUUAGACGCACAUUAGGCAGAACCUUAAACUUAGAAAAGUCCGAGGCUAAGCUUAAUGUGUUUCUGGGAAACUAUCUUUUAUGCAAAAGUAUUGCACAUUUCUCUUCUGGCUUGGAGGUUAAUGAAUUCAGAGCAAAUGUAAGUGGGUGUAACACAAUCUUGGAUAUACAGCAAAAUGCAUAUGCAAUUCCUCGUAUUCACCUUAAACUGAAUAUUUAAGUACAUUUAAAUAAAAACUGAAUUAAUCACAUGAGGGUAAAAUCUUGCAUCUUGCAAACGGCUUUGCUUUUAUGAUUUAGAAAACUGACCUCCUCUUGUAGUAUUUUAUGUAUAUGAAAACUGUUUUAGAAAUGCGUCAGAGCACUGUUGAACUUCUCUCUCUCUUUUUUUUUUUGGUUUACUGCGUUGUGGUUGAUAUGUUAAUAACUUUAGCCCUUUACCCCAUAAGUGUCUUGUCUUCGUCAGAAUAGUCCAAAUGCUUAAUAUAAGUUUUUUUUUUUUUACUUAUGCAUUUGCUCCUAACUGCCUUUUUGUUCAGUAUAAUCACACUGUGUCUUUUUCAGAGUGCUUAUUAUUGUAGUUUGUUUUAUUGUGUUUGGAUGGAUGGAUCGAGUCGAGAGGGGCUAGUGUAGAUACUGUCAAAUGAUGUAACUGAAAAUGACCUGUGUAAUCAUCAGAGCAUAUAUUUUUUAGUUUUUCAGUACCAAAGAUAUUUCCUUUCUGUUCUCCUGUGUUAUAAUUUAUCACGUCCUGCAUCCUUCUGCACUCGCAUAGAGGGAGUUACAACCUUAUGUUUGUCUUUACCAGUGUUUGUCAUGAUGCCGUGUGCCGAUUUUAUUUAGGUUUGUCGAGUCGAAUGCCCAAAAAGACCUGCAUCAUGAACCGGGUCUCUUAAUGCACUAAAAAGCACAAUUAUGAGUUUGUCCUUCAUAUGGACAGGGAUGUGCAAAAUAACCUGUACAUGCAGCUGACCUUUCAGCCUUUUCCUACCACUGAUCUCUAAAUGAGAUAUGCGAGUACUGAGGUGGAUUUUUGGAUUUUUUUUUUAUUUUUUGGAGCAUUUGUGUCGGUUUUCCAGGCUCCCAAUCAGGAUAUGAAACCUCGAACUGAUUGUCAAUCUUAUGGAAUGGUGCCUUGUGUUCUCCCAGGGUUUCACCCAUAGAAUGUUUUGUUUAUCUCUGUAUUUAAUCAGUUAUAUUAUUAGUUUUUUCUUUCUUUUCUUUUGCUUAUAGGUUUUGAAAUAUUGAAUAAAUACGAAGCAGAAUUCGAA